CUUCCUAGCUCCUACAAGUGUCUCUAUAUAUCACGUCCACAUUUUAGGCAUGCAUUCACACGAGCACGCGGCUCUAAAAGUGCAUUCGCGAUCACGGUCACAGUCACCCCACGGAGACGAAUAUCCUACCAAGCAUUCCUCGCUUCGUGCGCGGUCGCGUUCACCCCAUCGUCAUGAUCACCACGACCACCACAGGCGCAAAAGAAGACGUCAUUCAAAAUCUCCAUCGCAGCCCAUAGCACUUCCGUACAAAGCGAAACUGCUCACGAAACAUCACUAUGAUGAAUAUAAACCCUUGUUUCAAUCAUAUUUAGACAUCCAAAAACAGCUCCAACUGGAUGAAUUGGAUGAGCGUGAAGUUAGAGGCCGUUGGAAAAGCUUCGUCUCACGAUGGAAUCGCGGAGACCUAGCGCGCAGCUGGUAUGAUCCUACGAUGUUGAAGAUAGCAAAAGACACAGUUUCGUCGUAUCGGAGGCCGUCACCCGAUCGCAACCUGCGCGACUCGCCCCAACGAAACUCCUAUCGACCGACGGACCAAGAGCCUCCAGGGUCGCCAGAGAGCGAAGACGAUAUAGGUCCCGCACCACCGAGCCACCUCUCAUCAUCCCGUGCCGUUGGCCCAACAAUACCUCGCAUGGAUGAUAUCGAGCUUCUCAACGAACAGCGCCGAGAAGACCGCGCCCGCGACAGAUCCGAUUACGUCGAUGAUAUUCGCCACGAGCGUAAGCUAGAUAGGAAGUUGCAGAAAGAGCGUCUGGAGGAACUUGCUCCCCGCGCAGAUCCCGGAUCACGCGAGCGGAAAUUGGAGAAGAAGGGUGUGACAACAAGGGCGAUGCGAGACUUUGGCGAUGCGAAAGAGGGUGGGGAAGUUGAAAUGGGAGAGUCAGAUCUUAUGGGAGAUGAUGGCGAUGCCCUCAAGCGACAAAAACUGGAGAUGGAACGGAAGAAGAGCGAGCGAGAAAUUCGUCGUGAUGAAAUUAUGCGAGCAAGGGCAGCGGAAAGGGAAGAAAGAUUGGCUGGUCACAGAGCCAAGGAAGCACAGACAAUGGAGUAUCUCAAGGCCAUUGCGAAAGAUCGAUUUGGAUAGACCAUGACUGCGGGCAUACUCAGCGGAAGUUACAGAGAGAAACUUGUUAUUAAAAAGUGUAGCCGGGUAAAGGCUGCAGAAUCGGGGAAGGACUCUCAAGCGUGUCCCUUCCGGAAUGCUAUUCUAUAAAGAGGUAUCAAGUGUCUGACUGAAUCAACAAGCACUCGCCAAAAACUCCAAAUACCAUGCAAAUGCAAAAUCCCGCUCCAACACCUAUAGAAGUAUAUAGCUCUACUCGUCGUCUAGGAUGGAGCUUGCAAGUGG